GCGUUUUCUACGUGUUCAUCUGACCGAAGUUCUUUUAUUCAAUAUGUUGGUUUUACUUCUGAUAAGUUUCUUAGCAGUAACUCAGUGUCUCACUUCAGAAGUGGAAUCUACAUGCUCCCGGUACCAUUAUGAAGAACAACUUCUCGAGAAAAUGAUAAGAAUGGAAAUAAAAGUUGAAGACAUUGAAAAACGUAUAUCUAAAACGAACCAAAAUGUGAUUGACGUUUUAGAGGACAUGAAAACCGAAAGGACGAACAUAAAAAACGAUAACAAGGAAUUAAAAGCUUUGCUGCUUACAGAUACGAUUGCAUUUAAAGCACGUGGACCCACGGAUUUAAGCCUUGCAACCGGACAGACCAUUAUCUUCGCAAAAAAUAUGUUAAAUAAAGGUGAAGCAUACAACAAUAAUACCGGAAUAUUUACGGCCCCAAUGAGCGGAACUUACAUAUUUAUGAUUCAUCUGUGUAUUGCAAGCAAAAAAUACAUGAAUUAUGGUAUAAUGGUUGAAGAUACUGUUUACACGUCUGGAACAUUCUUUGAUAAUGACUCAAUCACCUGUUAUACUGCUGCCGCUCUAGUCGUCCUAAACGGCGGUGAAAGAGUUUACGUCAAAUGUUUAUUAGCUUCAUCAUCUGGUAACGUCCUUUAUGAGUCCACCUCGUCAACUAAUAACUUCUGGAACACGUUCUCUGGUUUGCUUGUUCACAGAUAGAUUUAAACGCAUUCUAAAAGGGAACACUAUUUAUUGAUACCGAUAAUAUAUUUUAUGAAUUACUAGAUAAAUUAGCGAUUGCUCUCUACUGACUGUGCAGUAAAACAUAAUGUGUUUUUUGUGUAAUGAUGGCAAAGUUGAUAAAAAUUACAUGUAACACAAAUAGUUUACAAUUUUUUCUGAUUAUAAGAAAAAAAAAUCUUUUUCAUUAAAAGAAAUAUCAGUUAAUUUCAUCAUAUUUCACUGUAUUUCGAUAUGUAGUACUUGUAAAAUAUUUAUAUAUUAUCUAAGUUAUCCAAUUCAACUCUAAAUGAAAGAUUGCUUUUUUAGUCACAAACACAUAAACAUCAUAGAGACAAGUGAGCUAGCUUUUUUAACUUCUUUAAGUUUUAUGGUUUUGAUUUUGAUAAUUUUAUUUGUGUAUCAUUUGUUUUUAUUUGUUAGAGUUUCGAUAAUUUACGACAUCUUUUGCUUGUGGGAUUCAACUUUGUGUAACCUAAAUUGAUUAAACAAUUUUAGCAUUAUG